CCCCCGGAGCCCGCCGCCCCCCCCCGGCUCCCCAGCACCGGGGCGUGGCGAGGCGUGGAGCGGCCCGGCCCCCUCACACUGGGCGGCGGGGAUUGGCCACCCAGCGGGUACCUCCGCGGGCCGGGGCGGCGGGGAGCGGAGCGGAGCGGAGCCAGCUCCAUCUGCAGCCCCAGCCCCGGCCGCGCGCGGGUUUGCCCCGAGGCUGCGGCGUCCGGCGGGUCCAUGGCGGCGCUGGGCAUGGCGGCGCUGACGAGGGGCAGCGGCGCGGCCCCCCGGCUCCUCGCCGUGGCCAUCUCCUGCCAGAGCUGCCGCCCCAAAGCUCAGUGCUCCGGGGACGGCGGCCAGGGGCAGCCCAGGGACCACCACCCGGCGGGCCCCGGCAGAGCCCGGCGCGGCGCCGAGCCCGGCCCCGCCGCGGGCAGCCAGCCCCUCCCGGCCGAGGGAGCCGACACCAAGACCUACUUGUGGGCCAGGUACCACGAGAUGAAAAAGCUGGUCUACGAUCUCCUUCCACCAGGAGUCUGCAAUCUCCUUAACCCAGCCGCUAUCUACGCUAACAAUGAGAUCAGUCUGGGAGAUGUUGAGAUAUACGGCUUUGACUAUGAUUACACAUUAGCACAGUAUUCUAAUUUACUACACUCUAUGAUUUUCAACACUGCCAGAGACAUCCUAAUAGAACAAUUCAAGUAUCCGGAAGGGCUUGGGAAGUAUGACUACAUUCCAGGGUUUGCCAUACGUGGACUUCACUAUGAUGUGCAAAAGAGUCUUCUCAUGAAGAUCGAUGCUUUCCAUUACGUCCAGCUGGGGACGGCAUAUAGAGGUCUCAAGCCAGUGCCUGAUGAAGAGGUAAUUGAACUCUAUGGUGGUACACAGCACAUCCCCCUGUACCAGAUGAGUGACUUCUAUGGCAAGGGCCCAUCACUUAAGCAGUUUAUGGACAUUUUUUCUCUUCCUGAAAUGACACUGCUCUCUUCAGUCAUUGAUUACUUCAUAACUCAUGGCAUUGAGUUUGACCAGGUGCAUCUUUACAAGGAUAUAUCUGAUGCUAUUAGAGAUGUACAUGUGAAAGGAGUGAUGUACAAAUGGAUUGAAAAAGAUAUGGAACAGUAUAUUCUGCAUGGGGAUGAAAUCUAUGCUGUGCUAAACCGACUAGUGAACCACAAAAAGAAACUCUUCCUCAUUACAAACAGUCCCUUCAGCUUUGUGGACAAAGGAAUGAAACACAUGGUUGGCAAGAACUGGCGAGAUUUAUUCGACAUGGUCAUUGUACAAGCUGACAAGCCCAACUUCUUCACUGAUCGGAGGAAACCUUUUCGAAAACUGGAUGAUAAAGGCUCACUGCAGUGGGACAAAAUAAACCAGCUGGAGAAAGGAAAGAUCUACAAAGAGGGUAACCUCUUCGAUUUUCUGAGGCUGACAGGCUGGCGUGGGUCCAAAGUGCUCUACUUUGGUGACCACCUGUACAGCGACCUUGCGGACCUCAUGCUGCGUCACGGCUGGAGGACUGGAGCCAUCGUUCCCGAACUGGAGACGGAGAUUCGGAUCAUAAACACAGAGCAGUACAUGCACUCCCUGACCUGGCAGCAAGCUCUGACAGGGCUACUAGAGAGAAUGCAGAUGUACCAGGAUGCGGAGUCAAAACAAGUAUUGCUGGAAUGGAUGAAGGAACGUCAGGAGAUCAGGUCACUGACAAAGAACCUGUUCAACCCCCAGUUUGGAAGCAUCUUCCGCACCUUCCACAACCCCACGUACUUCUCCCGACGGCUGGUGCGGUUCUCCGAUAUCUACAUGGCUUCCAUCAGCUGCCUGCUGAACUACGACGUGAAUUUCACCUUCUACCCCCGGCGCACCCCUCUGCAGCAUGAGGCUCCACUCUGGAUGGAUCAGCUCUGCACAGGCUGCAUGAAAACCCCCUUCCUGGAGGAGAUGGUGCAUAUCCGGUGAGGGCACCAGCACAGUGCAAGUCUGCACGUGGGGCCAGGCUGCUCGGCCAGCAGCACCUCUGUCUACCACUAAAGGGCGUUUGACACUUA